AUGGCAACAAAAGACCAAUACAUCGGAUUUUGUUUCCAUAAAAGUAAAAUAAAUCAGAUUGAUAAAAUUGAUCAUAAUAUAACAGCAGAGGAAUUUUAUUUGAAUUAUAUAUUAAAAAGAAAACCAUGCAUAUUAAAAAGUGAGCAUGUAAUUAAAAAUAAAUUGAACAUAGAUAUUAACUUCAUGAAGAAUAAUAUGGAAAAUGUAAAUGUUCAAUUAGAACAAAAAAUAUCAAACUCUUUUGGAACAGGGGAAAAAGUCGAAAUGAAAUUUCAUGAUUUCUUAUCAUUAUUGGAAGAAGGAAAUACUAAUUAUUAUUUAAAUACCCAAUAUAUAAAAGAAAAUGCAUAUCACCCAUCUGAUUUAUGUAACUCGAUUACUCAACAAAUGAUAAAUUAUCUCCCAAAGGAAUUAGACAUUAUGGGUAACUUGGAAAUAUAUCAGUAUAAUAUUUGGCUAGGAAAUAAUGAUGAUAAAAAUUUAAAAACAUUUUUGCAUCAUGAUUAUCAUGAUAAUAUAUAUGUUUUACUAGAAGGGAAAAAAAUCUUUAGGAUAUAUAGCCCACAUUUUGCUCAUUUAUUAAAAACAAAUGGAAACAUAUCCCGUAUUCAUAAUAAUGGUUUAAUUGCAUACUCGCCAUUUAUUAGAAGUGAUGGAUCAAAUUAUUUAGAUGUAUACAAAAAAAAAGUGGAUAAUAUAUAUUACGAUAUUAAUUUAAUGGAAAUGUAUUUAAAUAGAAAGGACAAGCUUCUGGACGAUGAAAUAAUUGAAAAUUCUAUAGAUAAAGCGGAGCAGAAAUUAAAUGCAUUAGAAGAUAAUAUUUUAAGCUACAGAAUUCGUAAAUCAAAAUUCCGGCAUAAAGAAAGCGCGAGAAACGAUAUACCAAAUCAUUUUUGUCUUAUUAAUACAUCAGACAGAACAUCUGAUGAUUGUAUCUUUGAUGAUACCACCGAAAUAGAAAACAAAUAUAUUGAGAUAUGCAUAAAUAAAGGAGACAUACUGUAUUUGCCAUGUGGAUGGUUUCACGAAGUUAAAUCCUUUUCAAAUGAGAAAUACCAUUUAGCAUUUAAUUAUUGGUAUUACCCACCUUACAUAAAAAUGACGAAUUCGCUAGAAAUGCAAAACAGGUUUCUCCAUCCUUAUGUAGAUAGGCAUUUAACUGAACGAAAUAAAAUUUUAUAUAAAAAGAUUGGGAUCAUUAAAAUAGAAAAAAAACAGGAUAUCAUAAAUAUUUUAUCGUAUUACAGUAAUAUGAUUAUAAAAAAAAAGAAACGGCCAAAAAGGGUAAAUAUAAACAGAUUUACACAUCGAAGAAGGCCAAGGGCCCUUAAUUUUCUUUUUUAA